AUGUAUGAUCUCGCCGUCUUCAUGGAAUGGGCCGAGUUCGCCGUGCGCUGGCUGCAUGUCAUCACGGCCAUCGCCUGGAUCGGCUCGUCCUUCUAUUUCAUCGCGCUCGACCUGGGUCUGAACCGGGAUAUCGAAGGCCCGGCCGAUGGCGAGGAAUGGCAGGUCCAUGGCGGCGGCUUCUACCACAUCCAGAAAUAUCUCGUCGCGCCCGAGGCGAUGCCCGAGCAUUUGACCUGGUUCAAAUGGGAGAGCUACGCCACCUGGCUUUCGGGCUUCGCCAUGCUCGUCCUCGUCUAUUAUCUGGGCGCCGAUCUCUAUCUGGUCGAUCCGAACGUUGCCGACAUUUCGAUCCCGUUCGCCAUCGCCAUCUCGCUGGCGUCGCUGGCGUUCGGCUGGAUCGUCUACGACCAGCUCUGCAAGUCGCCGCUCGGCGAGACGCCGACCGUCCUGAUGCUGCUCCUUUUCGUGCUGCUCGUGGUCAUGGCCUGGGGCUACACGCAGGUGUUUUCGGGACGGGCGGCGCUUUUGCACCUUGGCGCCUUCACCGCCACGAUCAUGACGGCGAACGUGUUCCUGAUCAUCAUUCCCAACCAGAAAAUCGUCGUCGCGGAUCUCAAGGCCGGCCGCACACCCGACGCCAAAUACGGCAAGAUCGCCAAGCUGCGCUCGACGCACAACAACUACCUCACCCUGCCGGUGAUCUUCUUCAUGCUGUCGAUCCAUUAUCCGCUGGCGUUUGCGAGCGAAUACAACUGGCUGAUCGCGGCGCUGGUGUUCCUGAUGGGCGUGACGAUCCGGCACUAUUUCAACACGCGUCAUGCGCGCGCCGGCAACCCGACCUGGACGUGGCUGGCGACGGCGAUCCUGUUCGUUCUCAUCAUGGCGAUUUCGACCUGGCCGCUCUUUUCGGACGAUCCGGCCAACCCAGAGGACGCCAGGGCCACGCCCUAUCAGGAGCGGAUCAUGGCGACCGAGGGCUUUGAGGAGGUCGCAUCGAUCGUGCAGGGACGCUGCUCGAUGUGCCAUGCCACCGAGCCAUUCUGGGACGGCAUCGUCUUCCCGCCCAACGGCGUGCGGCUCGAAACGCAUGCGCAGAUCGCCGCGCAUGCGCGCGACAUCUACAUCCAGUCGGGCGUCACGCACGCCAUGCCGCCGGCGAACGUGUCCUUCAUGGAGGAUGAAGAGCGCCGCGCGAUUGUCGAAUGGUUCCGCUCGGUUCAGUGA